CCACCGCACGCCGCCGCCCAACCACAAACCUCACCGCCAACACCUCAUCUUUUUUUCCGCUACCGCAACCAUGCAUCUCAUGUACACCCUUGACGCCGAGGGCACCCGUGUCUACACCCUCAAGAAGAUCAAUGGAGGAGAGGUGACCAAGAGCGCGCAUCCCGCGCGCUUCAGCCCGGAUGACAAGUACAGCCGGCACCGCGUGACGCUGAAGAAGCGUUAUGGGCUUUUGUUGAUGCAGCAGAAGGAUCUUAAGGUUCUGGGACAGUAGAUUGGAUUUGCUAGGAUAAGGGGGAUUUGAGGGAAGAGGAAGAGGGAGAGUUGGAUGGAAGAUGUUGGACUAUGUUGAAGGCGUUGAAGGCGUUCGGUGGAGGGGUGAAAAGUCUAGGCUGCCCUGAGCCAAAUGAUACAACAAUUUGAAAAAUUCAAAACAUAAUAAAAAUCGACGCGGCCAGUCACUUCAAAACGACAUUUACGCAUGUGUCCAAUCUCCAAUCCAG